AUGUUUCGGCAUGUGUGUUCUUUUCGUUCAAUAUCACUAGAAAGGAAGCAUAAUUGUAUUACGUACAAUUGUUUGAAAGAAGCAGCGAUUGGUAAUAGAAAAAGACAUAAUUAUAAAGAAAAUGGGAUAAGUGAAGGUUCAAAUAAGUCAAUUUUUUCUUUAGACCAAAUACCUAUGUUUUUGUCAACGUAUCCAUGUUUUUUGAAAGAAUGGAUAGUUAUGUCUGAAAGAAUGGUACCGUUUGAAACUACAAUAGUUUUUGAGAAUAUUUUGGCUUCUGAACGACAUAAUUGUUCUAGAAUUAAUCCUAUGUAUAUGGAACAAGUUCAGAGGAUUCCAGAGGUGGACUUUUGGAGAAAGAAUUUAAUUAGAUGGUUUCAUACAAGACCAUACUAUUUAAUUACAAAGGAUACCGCUGCAAUUGCUACAGUAUUGUUGGAUCGGUGUCUUAGUGUUAUGCCUAUUAAUAAACGAAGCCAUAUAUUUAAAGUAGGGAUUGGGUGUUUGUUUAUUGCAACAAAAUUAACGUCCGAUUUUAUUGUUUCUCGUAAAGAGUUUUUAAAAGUAUGUGGAGUUAAAAAAAUUAACCAGGUUCCGAAAUUGGAUAAAUUUGAGAGAAAUGUUUUAAUUGCUUUGGAUUUUCAUAUAUUUGUGGAUAGUAUAUAUGUAUUCGAAAUUAAUAUUUCAGAAAUUUUGCUUUCUCACAAUGUAUUUAAGAAAAUAAAGGAAAAUAAACGCCAAAAAAUCCGUCGUUUGGCUAUGAGUUAUUUUGAUGAUGUAUUUAUUAGUAUACAAUAUCUGGCAUAUCGUCCAUCUGAAAUUGUUGCAGCUUGCUUAUGGUUGGCUAUAAUAGAAGUUCUUUCUUAUCCCAUUUCUCUUCUUGCUAUUGUUGACUUGGUUAAAACAAAUAUUGACCGAUUCUAUGCAAUUAUGAAGCUCCUUCGAUGUCGUUCAGUAAUUGAAAAAAGUUUUAAUUGUAAUAAUUUUGGUGGGAUGACGUUGGUUUAA